AUGAAAGCUGAUGUUCCAGACAUGCCUGACUGUAGAACGGGUCUACAACUCUGUCUUCUCUACAGUGGGAGCCAUUCCCCCACCACAGAAGAUGUUGUCUGUUUCCAAUUCAUCUCCACCCCCACCAUGGUCAGGAGCACCUUCCAGGUGUUGAGCUGUGUGCUAUCUGCUGUGGUGCUGAAACAAACAGAGACACCUACAGAUGAGAGCCUCAGCAGCCUGGCUGCCCCAUGUCCCCUGACCUCACUUGUUCUGAGCUGCAGCUUCCAAACCAGCACCAUUUCUAAGGACAGUGACACAGCAGCCAAAUUCACUCGGGCUGGGACUGGAGUUGCCACCGUCCGGGUGGCUGGCUCUGGAGCUGGGACUGGGCCUGUGUUUGGAAGCCUCAUCAUAGGUUAUGCCAGGAACCCUUCCCUGAAGCAACAGCUCUUUUCCUACGUCAUUCUGGGCUCUGCCUUCUCAGAGGCCACGGGGCUCAACUACUGUUUAUUCAUGAGUUACUUGUUUCUCUUUAUCAUAUUCCUGAUUCUAGGUUCCUCCUUAACUUUUGUACCAUAA